AUGAAGCUCCAAGCCCUCACGACACUCAUACCCCAAUUCAAUGCCAAAGAAUGGGCCAAUUAUGGCAUCACAUCCCUACACCAGAUAGUUGAUAACAACAAACUAAUCCCAUUUGCACACCUGCAGGCUAAACUUAAAGUACCAAAACCCCUGAACUUCAUGUACAUACAAAUACAGUCAUGGUUCCGCAAACACUAUCCCCCGAACACCACACUCAGGCAAGACUGGCAAUUAUCACCUCUUGAGCAACUAUGUAUACAAAGCAAGCCUCCUCCUAAACUCAUAUCCCAAUUGUACAACAUAAUUAUCCAAAGACUUUACACUGCAAAGCCCUCUUUCAUCUCAGCCUGGGAAAGAGACCUCCAAAAGAAACUGGAAGAAUCUCAAUAG